AUGGCUUCUACUUCUCAUACUAAGAAGCCUAAAAGGCCUAAGCUGCCUGAGAAGACAUACCUUCCAGAUUCUGACUCCGAUGAUGAUGCAUUUGACUUUAGCUUCUUGGAUUUUUCUGAUAAAACUUUCAAAGCCCCCUCAAAACUAUAUGAUGGAGACAUUCCUGGUGUCCAACAAAAUGAUCAUGCCUACUUAGAUGAGGAUGAUAAAGAUGUUGGUGUCGAGUAUAGGGUGUAUGAUCCCAAUGUUGAAUGGAAAGAGAUGAGGCCCCGAUUAGGAGACUGUUAUGAAUCACCUGCUCAACUCAGAAAUUAUCACUUUGGUUCCCUAGUUACUAGCAAUUGGUUAGCCAAACACUACCUGAAAGAUGUAAUCAUGAAGCCCAAGAUGACAUUGCUAGAGAUGCAAGUAGAUGUGCUACAAAGGUUUUUAGUAAGUGUAUAUGUUGGGCAAUGGCAAAGAGAAAAGGCUACUGCAAUGGGGAUGAUAGAAAGGAAGUUAGAAGACCAUUACGUCAGGGUUUGGGACUAUACAACUGCAAUUAAGUUGAGUAAUCCGGGUACAACAUGCUUGGUGGGGGUAGAAAGUAAUCCAGGGUGUAACUAUUUCAAAAGGUUUUAUGUUGGCUACAAGGAUUUCAGAGAUGGAAGGAAUAAAGGAUGUAGAAGGGUAAUAUGA